CGGUGAAGGAAGUCUUGGAAGGAGGUACCUCAGGAUCAUGGCUGGGGUUGAACUGGGGACCUCUGGGAGGUGGGCAGGCAUAGUGGGUAAGGCAAGUGACCUGGCUGCAUGCAGAUCAUGUCUGCUGGGAAUGUUGAGGGGAGCAAACUGAAGCCAUGAAACCAGGCUGGCUGUCCAUACCCUGAGGUACAGUUCUUAGAACCCUGAGUGGGGAGCGGGUGAUGGCAACAGCAACGACCUAAAUCGAAUUUGUCUUGCACCUUGGGAAUGUCUCUCAGAGUCCUCUCACACUGUUUGCGUCCCGCCAUCCCCACCCCCCACCACCCCCGCCCCACUUGAUAUAACAAUUCUGUACCACGAGCAAGCAUUAUUUCCAUUUUCAGGUGGGGAAACUGAGGCCCAGAGAAGGAAAGUGGUUUGCCUGGGAUCACGCGGCUAACCAGAAGCAAACCCAGUCUCAGUCCCUGUCUGGGGCGUCUCAACGGGCUUUUUCCACUAUGGCCUGCUCUUUGGGUUGGACAGUGGCCUGCCCUUUCCCUUGGCUGCCCUGCUUUGUUCCCUCCCCAGACUGAGGACUGGGGUGUUUGGGAGACUGAGGUCUGAAGAUGGUGGAGUAGGAAGAGGGGAAGGGUCAGGGCUGGGAGAGUGGUCACAGUGGGGGUGGCCUUGUGUUGAGUGGGAUCCGGGAAGUUGGAGAGGAGCAGGGUGGGUCAUGGGGGUUGGGACAGGGGAGUUGUGGGAGGCUUCAGUGUGCCUGAUGCUGGGUGUGAGGAUGGAGGCCUCCAGGUGGGGGAGGGGAUGCCCACCUGGUUUGGGCUGGGACCUCUGGGAGGGGCAUGCAGAACCACCCUGGUAAGUGGAGGGCUCUGGAGACAGUGCCACAUCCAGAGCCGUGGCAAACCCUCUUCCUCCCGCAAGGUGGAGUGUGGAGGCUCCUGUGUGGCGCUGGGGGCCUCUGAGAUUCCCAACUGGCUGGAAGGAGUGAUGGCUUAGGAAGAGGCUUUCUGUCUUGCUGUAACGUCUCUCCAGCCAGCUGCAACUCCUGCUGACCUGUCCCACCCCAGCACAGGUCAUCCAACGGUGACUCAUGGCCCCAGCCUCCUGGCUCGAUGAGGAUGGCAGGAAAGGGACACAGCUGGCGCUGAUGCUGGGAGGCCUCCAGGGAUGGAGAGUGGCCUGGCUGGCAACAGCACAGGAGCUGGGCUGGUGAUGAAGGUCAAGCAGGAGAAGCCGGAGCGGCUGCUGCAGACGCUGGCGCCGCAGGCCAUGCUUGUGGGGAAGGACAAGGAGAACAUCUUCCAGCAGCACCGGGGCCUCCCGCCACGCCAGACCAUGGGGCGGCCUCGAGCCCUGGGGGGACAGGAGGAGUCUGGGAGUCCAAGGUGGGCCCCUCCCACUGAGCAGGAUGCGGGGCUGGCAGGCCGGGCUCCUGGGUCAGCCUCCGGCCCCCUGAGCCCCUCGCUUUCCUCCGGCGAGGGUCACUUUGUAUGCCUGGACUGCGGGAAGAGGUUCAGCUGGUGGUCGUCCCUGAAGAUCCACCAGCGCACCCACACCGGGGAGAAGCCGUACCUCUGCGGCAAGUGCGGCAAGAGCUUCAGCCAGAAGCCGAACCUGGCACGCCACCAGCGGCAUCACACGGGCGAGCGACCCUUCUGCUGCCCCGAGUGCGCGCGGCGCUUCAGCCAGAAGCAGCACCUACUCAAGCACCAGAAGACCCACUCCCGGCCCACCACCCACUCGUGCCCCGAGUGCGAGCGCUGCUUCCGUCACCAGGUGGGCCUCCGCAUCCACCAGCGCGCGCACGCCCGGGACCGCCAGGUCUCCCGCGCCGGCCUGCACGAGCUGAUUCGGGACGCGGCGGCGCGCCGGGCCUGUCGCCUGCGGCCGGGGCCGCCGCGGGGGCGCCCCGAGUGGGCCUGGCUGGGGCUCUGCCAGGGCUGGUGGGGCCAGCCCGGGGCCCGGACCGCGGUCUCCCGCCCCGAGGGGCCGGGCGAGCCGCGCCAGUUCAUCUGCAACGAGUGUGGCAAGAGCUUCACCUGGUGGUCGUCGCUGAACAUCCACCAGCGCAUCCACACUGGCGAGCGCCCCUACGCGUGCCCCGAGUGCGGCCGCCGCUUUAGCCAGAAGCCCAACCUGACGCGGCACCUGCGCAACCACACAGGCGAGCGGCCGCACCCCUGCCCGCACUGCGGCCGCGGCUUCCGUCAGAAGCAGCACCUGCUCAAGCACCUGCGCACGCACCUGCCCGGCGCCCAGGCCGCGCCCUGCCCCAGCUGCGGCAAGAGCUGCCGCAGCCGCGCCGCGCUGCGCGCCCACCAGCGCGCCCACGCUGUUGCUGAGCCAGCCGUUCCGGCCGGGGAACCGGGCGACCAGCCGCAGGCGGAGGCCAUGCCGGGCUUGGCCGCGAGGCCGCGGAGCUCUCAACGGUCCCCGGGGGCCCGGGAUGCGCUGUGGGAUCGGGGACAAGCGGGCCUCGCUGGGCCUGGCGAGCCGCGCCAGUUCAUCUGCAACGAGUGCGGCAAGAGCUUCUCGUGGUGGUCGGCGCUCACCAUCCACCAGCGCAUCCACACGGGUGAGCGGCCCUACCCGUGCCCCGAGUGCGGCCGCCGCUUCAGCCAGAAGCCCAACCUGACGCGGCACCGGCGCAACCACACGGGCGAGCGGCCCUACCUGUGUCCCGCCUGUGGCCGCGGCUUCAGCCAGAAGCAGCACCUGCUCAAGCACCAGCGCGUGCACCGCGCGGCCCCUGCGUGCAGCCCCAAGGAGGAGGCGCGCUAGUGGACUGGACCUCAGCGGACCCGUGGUGGUGCGGUGGAUGUUUGCGGGGUGUGUGUGGGGAGUGGGGGUGGCCAGGAUUACUGGCUCUUGGAACCCCUUAGAGCGGGACCGGUGGAUUCCUUAAGGCUCUGAAGGGCUGAGAACAGUUCUAAAAGCGUCCCAAAGGGUGCUGGGAAAGGUCCCAGCGUGGGUUGAGGGAGGAGGGAAGAUCCGAGUUCCUCACCGCAGGCUGGGAUGUGACCACCCUCUUCAGAGGUUGGACCCCAGGCUUCAAGCACCGAGUGAGGGGUCUGUUGGGGACGCUGGGAGAGUCUCUGGUGUGAAGUGGCUUAGGUCUGGACUGGUCAGCUGUGGCACCAGCCGGUCCUGCCCACGCUUCAGGAUGGCCGGGGGCUGCCCCUGUGGGAGAGUUGCCAAGACUCGGUGAUAGCAAGGAUGGAAGCCAGAGGCUGUGGCGAGGGAGAGCCAAGCAUAUUCCCAGCACCAGGGCCAGUGCUGGCACGUCGUAGACAUCCAAUAAAUAUUUUUGGAAGGA